GAAACACCCCUCUCUCGAAUGUUUUUAGCGAGUGAGAUCUAUUUGCUGGGGAAAAAGAAACACAGAGGACAUAAAAUUCCUACUACAGGUGUCAAUUGGUGGGGUAAAGACUGGCUUCGCCAAAAGCAAUGCCUACCCAUAUUGCUAUACUUGGUGCAGGCAUCUUUGUUCGCACACAGUACAUACCUAGACUGAGAGAGAUAGGUGAUUGUGUCAUAAUCAAAGCUAUAUGGAGCCGCAGCGAGGAAUCUGCAAAAGCUGCUGUGGAACUUGCACGUGACUUUUCACCAGAGGUAGAAUGUAAAUGGGGUGAUUCAGGCAUUGAUGACAUUAUUCAAGAUACUUCUAUACAAGGAGUUGCAAUUGUUCUUGCUGGAGAAGCUCAGGUUGAUAUGUCUUUAAAGAUGCUAAAAGCAGGAAAACAUGUUAUACAAGAAAAACCUGCUUCUGGAUCUACCGAUGAGGCAGAAAAAGCACUUUUGGGCUACAAGGCCCUUUGCAACAGCAUUGCUCAACAACCCAUUUGGGCAGUUGCAGAAAAUUACCGUUUUGAGCCUGCAUUUGUGGAGUCCAGAAAAUUAAUGAAUGAUAUCGGCGAUAUGAUGCAUAUCCAAGUUAUUGUUGAAGGAUCAAUGAACAGCUCAAACCCGUACUUCUCAAGCUCUUGGCGAAGAAAUUUCACAGGAGGUUUCAUUUUAGAUAUGGGGGUACACUUCAUUGCAGGAUUAAGAAUGAUUGCUGGUUGUGAAAUUUCAACAGUAUCUGCUAUUGCCCAUUAUGUUGAUAAGACUUUGCCUCCUCCUGAUAAUUUAUGUUCCCUAUUUCAACUGGAAAAUGGCUGUGCUGGCGUAUUUGUAAUGGCAGUAUCAUCAGCAUCACCAAAGAUAUUGUGGCGAAUUGAUGGGUCAAAGGGAACACUGCAAAUUGAACGCGGCAAUGAAAGUAGUCGCCAUGGUUAUGUGGUAUUGUUUAACAAAGCAGAUGGUCAUAGUCAAAGAACCUUCUAUCCAUUCUCUGGAGUGAAUGAAGAAUUGAAGUGUUUUAUUCAUGACAUUGCACAGGCUAGUAGUAAGGAAGGAGCUACAUGCGAAGCAGAACCGCGGAGUUCCUAUAUUGAAGGUGCACGAGAUGUUGCUGUUUUAGAAGCAAUGCUCAAGUCAAGUGAGAAACAAGGAGCGCAGGUCCAUGUCAAAAAGUUCUGAGUCGUUUCUUCGACUAGCUUUUCAAAAGGAUUGUCAUUGGAUUUGGAUGUCCAGAUUCAGAACAGCACAAAGACGCUUCCGAAACUUCACUUGAUGAUAUCAAUUGCACUGCAAAACUGAUCAGCUUCGUUUGACCUUCAAUGUAUUUUAGUUAUAAGCAUUGAUCUUUUUCUCAAAAAAAAAUAAUAGAUAAAUAAAUAAAGGUAUAAGCAUUGAUCUUCAUUGAAAUUAGACAAUUUUUUUCGUUUUUGCCUUCGUUAUAGAUUACUUCAAAACUGUGAAAGAUUAA